UGGGGUUCAGAUGGCACUGGACCUGUUAGAGACCAGGUUCUGGGCUACAGCUAAGCAGCCCAAUGACACAGACUGCUCUAAUACAGAGGGCAUCUGUCCGCUGGCAUGUGAAGCCAUGGACCUGGCCUGCUACCUCAUCGACAGCAAUGCUUUCAUAAUCAUCUCCAAAGAAAAAAGCCAUGUGGGGAGGUUCUUUGGAGAAGUUGACGGCUCAGUGAUGGCACGCCUUAUCAAGAUGGGCAUGUUCAAAAGGGUAUCUCUGUACGACUAUCAGGCCAUGUGUAAGAUGGGAGGACAUUCUGCCAGCAGCGCCAGACCCCUUCUUAGUCCCUUCUAUGGUCUGGCGGCUGCUCUAAAGUGGUUCCUCACCAACUUCCUACUGUUUUUACUGGAGUUCAACAUCUGUGGUCUCUGGCACUCUGACCGCUUUGCUGAAGGUAACACAGUCCAGUAA